AUGGCCGAAGGCGAACUGUGGUAUUCAUUAGUCACUGCCAUCGAUCCAGUUAACAUCAAAGCCAUGCCCGCUGUCCUACAAUCAGCGAUCAACCUACUCGAAAAUGAGCUGUCCAAAGCCAGGGCCGCUCUCAAGGAAAUCCAGCCCAAUGCUGCUCCCAGGUUCACUGCUGGGGAUGAGCUCGCCAUUGGUGCCAUCGCCGCCUAUCGUCAGAAUCUCAUUGGGCGUGCCCCGGACUUCUACUACGGAACUCGACGAUUGACCCCCAAGGAACUCGGCCUUGUUCCAGUCGUUCGGGAGGUGCAGGUAGCCUCCGAGGAAGAAGAGGUUCCCCAGGAGGAAAAUCAGUGCUCUGUAACCGUGAUUCCGUCGAAGCCAGCAUCCCUCACCGAUGUGCUGUCCAAUAGCUUGAUCCUCGAUCAUAUGGCUCCCUAUUUGUCGGUUUCGGGUCUGUUCUCAUUGGCAUCAACGUGCCGCACCCUCCGAUCCGUGAUCAUGGAGACACCUUACGUCUUUCGGCAUCUUGACCUAAGUCGAUGUCGUGGGGCGCAGCUGCAGAGGAGUUCGACAGUUGACGGUAGGGCUCAAGCCUUGGGUAAUGAACUCAUGGACGAGUCUCUUACCGAGGACGAGUUCUACUCGGCUCCCUUAAAAUUGAUUUUCGCAAAACUCGAGCACAACUCGCUUUUACAGGACGUGCGUACCUUGGUCUUGGAUGGGUUACCCGUUCCGGCGGACCUAGUAGCAGAGAUUUUGCUGAGUGACCGCUUCAAUGUGAACAUCCUGUCUAUCAGAGGGUGUCAACAUUUGAACGAACGUAAACUCAUGCAAGUCCUUCAAUAUGCCGUGCGUCCGACUCGUCCUGCCGGCACGCCCCGGCAGGUACCGCAACUGGUGGAGUUCAAGGUGUGCUGGUCAGACGCCGGGGGAGUGAGACCGCCAUCGCGUCAACAUGACCAGGCCCGUGAGACUUACCGGCAGAACGCCUGGUACUCACCGUCCGGCAAGUUACUGACCGCUAGCAUCGAGGAAGGCUGGGCACAGACAAUUCAGAAAUGCCACGGCAUCAUCGCUUUUGACGCCGUGCUGUGCCGUGGGCCAAGACACGACCCCAGUGCUAUGUUGGUUAGCCAUGAUGGGACUCAGCAUGAAGGCCACUUGCUCGGUCCAGCGAUUGCUACUGUUGCCCUCGGGUCUCGCGGAUGUGACGGUUGUCACAGCUCUCCUGAGGGUCCAGCGAUCUGGGGACAGUCCCCAGAGGAAACCUUUCCUCUGCUCACUCCGCCCCCAUUCCACUCAUCCUCUAUUGUGGCGGCGAAGCGGCCUUCUCUUUUUCCAGGAGCGGAACGUCCUGCCCUGAUUGCCCGCUGCGCAGAUUGCCUUACCGAUCGCUGGUGCCACCGUUGUAACAAAUGGUUUUGCGCCGAUUGCCUGCCGCAUUCACAACGUGUGAGCUCUAACCUUUCGCCGCAUCAGACUGCAAUGAGAGCUUCUCUCAGCGGCAAUGACCCGUCUCAGAGACUGGAACGUGGAGUGAGCAAGGAUUGCUGGGAAUGUGGCCCUACUAAGAGAAAAGUCUCGAAGCUUUCAACUGACGGUAUCUUCAGUGCGCCGCAUGCAAACUUGAUUGCCAACGAACGUGCCAACACUGCCAAGGACUAUACUGCAUUGAGCACAACGAGGGCUGCUCUUCGACAAUGUGUGACUGGUGCAACACCAGUUCGCGCCAUCGGCUUAGGCAACUUUAUUAGCACGUUUUCGAGAGAUACCCGCGGAUGUUGA